GGAAGCUUCGGGGCGACGCGCUCGCCAACCUCGCUGCUGCCGCCGCCGCCGCCGCCUCCUCCCCCUGGCCGGGCCGGGCGAGCUUCCUGCGGACGCGGCGGCGAUGGGCUCCUGGCCGGGGCCGCUGAGGGAGGCUUUUGUCCCGGCCGCAGCAGCGCCGCCUCCCCUCCGCCGUCCCGGUGGCAAAUCAAGUGCUGACUUUCUUGUGAAGAAAUUCUUUUAAUCCCAGAUCUUUCUAAAGAGUGAAGAAUUAGUUGAGUAACUCCAAUCAAAACAAGAUCGUGAAAACUCUAUUCCUGCUUUGCUAAAAAGAGCCAGUUUCUCCUCAUGUUUCAGAACGGCUUCUUCUGAGUCCAUCCAUAAAAGCCCAGGGCAGCCACGGCCCCCCUUUGCGUUCCACCCAGGGGGCAUCACAGUGGAGAUGAGGAAUUCAGAAGAGCAAACCACAACGACAGUUUUACAGCGUUUGCUGCAGGAGCAGCUUCGAUAUGGGAAUCCCAACGAGAGCCGCACCCUCCUUGCUUUGCACCAGCAGGCCACCCUGCCUUUUGCCAGCAACGGGAGCCCCGGGGCUCCCAACGAAGGGCUGAGCAACCAGGACCACCCCAUUGGGACCCAUGUUGCUCGCCAAGAGCCCCAGGGCCAGGAAAUUCAAAUGGACAACUGUAUCAUGGAGAAGCAGCUCUCGCCAAGGCUCCAAACAGGCGAGGACCUCCCGACCUACGAAGAAGCCAAAGUCCAGUCUCAGUAUUUCCGGGGUCAGCCACACGCCAGCGUUGGAGCGGCCUUUUAUGUAACCGGUGUCUCCAACCAGAAGAUGAGGACCGAAGGGCGCCCCACCGUACAGCGGCUGAGCCCAGGGAAGGUCCACCAGGAUGAAGGACUGAGGGACCUCAAGCAGGGACAUGUCCGCUCCCUGAGCGAGCGGCUGAUGCAGCUGUCCCUGGCCACCAGCGGCGUGAAGGCCCACGCCCCCGUCACCAGCACCCCACUGUCCCCUCUCUCCUCCCAGCAGACCAAUGACUUCUACAAGACUUCUGGGGCAGGCCCUCCGCAGCCCGGGGUGAAAGGCUUGGAGCACAGGGGGCCUCCUCCCGAAUACCCAUACAAGAACGUGUCCAGCCCGUCCAUGGGCUGUAAGCCACUGGAUCCUGGGCAUUUCUAUAGUGACCACCGCCUGCCCCAGCAAGGACGCUCAGACGGGCCCACCAUGAGGUACCAGCAUCCCCCUGAAUACGGCUCAUUCCGGCAAAAUCCGGAUCUUCAACUGUCAUUCCAGCAACGACCUCCCCACCACCACAGCCCGACCUCUUCACUGACCUCCUUGGGGUCCCUGACGCUGUUGCAGUCCCUGCCCCCUUCCAGGCUGUCGCCGUCUCAACAUCAGCCACCUCUGACCCCUAGCCAAGGUGACCCCUUCUCUCUGCCCCGGACGACGCAGCCGCUCUUUUUGCCCAGCCAGAUUCACCAGGGUGACCUGUACCGAUUCUGCCAACCUCUUACUGGACAGCAGCAAGCGGACUCUUACUCGGCCCUGCCCAGGCCCCCCCCGGCCCCUUCUCCCUAUCAGCCAAUGCCGGUGGACCCCUAUGUCAUUGUCUCCAGGGCCCAGCAAAUGGUGGAGAUCCUCUCCGAGGAGAACAAGUCUCUGCGGCAAGAGCUGGACGGAUGCUACGAGAAAGUGGCAAGGUUGCAAAAGCUAGAAACAGAAAUCCAACAAGUUUCAGAGGCCUAUAAAAAUCUGGAGAAGUCUUCUUCCAAGAGGGAGUCUCUGGAAAAGACCAUGAGAAACAAGCUGGAAUGUGAAAUCCGUAGACUUCAUGAUUUUAAUCGUGAUCUCAGAGACCGUAUGGAUACGGCCAACAAGCAACUUGCAGAGAAAGAAUUUGAAGGCACUGAGGAUAACAGGAAAACUAUCUCCCAGCUCUUUGCACAAAAUAAAGAAACCCAGAGGGAAAAGGAGAAGCUGGAAGUGGAGCUAGCAGGGAUUCGCUCAACUAAUGAGGAGCAACGGAGGCACAUCGAGAUCCGGGACCAGGCCUUGAACAAUGCACAGGCCAAGGUGGUGAAGCUGGAGGAAGAACUGAAGAAGAAACAGGUGUACGUGGAGAAGGUGGAGAAGAUGCAGCAGGCGCUGGUUCAGUUACAGGCUGCUUGUGAGAAGCGGGAGCAGCUCGAGCACCGGCUCAGGACUCGGCUGGAACGAGAACUUGAAUCGCUCCGCAUGCAGCAGCGCCAAGGAAACUCUCAGACGGCCAACACCGCCUCUGAGUACAACGCUGGGGCCCUGAUGGAGCUCUUGCGCGAAAAGGAGGAGCGGAUCCUGGCUCUGGAGGCGGAUAUGACAAAGUGGGAGCAGAAGUAUCUGGAAGAAAGUGUCAUGCGUCAGUUCGCACUGGAUGCGGCAGCCACGGUGGCUGCUCACCGGGACACCACUGUGAUCAGCCCUUCGCCCAACACCAGCUAUGACACUUCCCUGGAAGCUCGCAUCCAGAAGGAAGAGGAGGAGAUCCUGCUGGCUAACCGGAGGUGCCUGGACAUGGAGGGCAGAAUCAAGACCCUCCAUGCUCAGAUCAUUGAGAAGGAUGCCAUGAUCAAGGUCCUCCAGCAGCGGUCCCGGAAGGAGGCCAGCAAGACUGACCAGCUGUCUUCCAUGAGGCCCGCCAAGUCCCUCAUCUCCAUCUCCAACGCUGGCUCCGGCUUGCUCUCCCACUCCUCCACACUCAGCAGCACCCCCAUCCUGGAGGACAAGAGGGAGGACAAGAGCUGGAAAGGCAGCUUAGGUGUUCUGCUGGGAACAGAAUGCCGCUCGGAGUCCAUCCCUUCCACCCCUUCACCGGUUCUUCCCUCCACGCCACUGCUCUCGGUGCACUCCAAAACGGGCAGCCGGGACUGCAGUACUCAGACGGACCGGGGCAGUGAGCAGAGCAAGGCCCCUGCCUCCUCCCCUGCGGCCCCCACGCCAGGGAGACUCCCAAUGGUGAAUCUGGCCUAUGGGGCAGACAAAUCAGAUGGCUCCAUUUUCCAUUCCAGCACCCUAGAAAGGAAAAACCCACCUCAGAAUUUGGGGCAGGACCUCAAAGAUGCAGAAAUGGUGGAGUAUCUUAUCUGAAAAGAACAUGCUGAAGACAGCAAGAAAAGUUUCUUCAGAUACUUUUUUAAGAUAGAAAUUACAGUUACUGUCUCAUAAAGGAACCUUUUUUUUGUUAUUUGUGUAUAUAAUUUACUCUCAAAGUUAUGAACAGCUUAACUUAUAAUUUGUUCCAAAAUUAUUAAACUAGAUUAAGAAUUGUUUUCCUUACCUUUUUUUUUUUAAUUACUGGAUCUGGUAGCAGCUGGAUGAAAGUAAACCAAGGUCUUAAAUGCACUACAUUUUUAAAAUUACCAUAUUUUUUAAAAAGUUUGUAUUUAAGAGAACUUUGUUAGCUCUCUGGAGAUCCCUAAUGCCUUUCCAAGCCCGAGUCUACCAUUUUUGCGGGAGACGGGCAAUGGUGCGGCCAUGUUUUGAGUAUUAAAUUUCCCAAAGUUUCCGGUUGUUUCCUCAAAAUCUUUGAGCCUCCAAGAGGUGGAGGGAAACUUUCUCUCCCUGUUUUCCUUCUAAGAUGAAUGUCCCAUUUUUGUAAAACAUUCCAGAACUGGAGAAAAAAAAUCCAGACAAAAAGACUUUCACAAUGUGCCUGCACUUAGAUUUUUUUUUCCUUGAUGUCCAUGUCUUGUCUGAUGAGUUUUAGAGGGUGUCAUUUUCAUGCAUCGUGAUAAGGAAUAAUAUCCACUGUCCAGUUUUGGAUGAGGAAGCCUGAGAAGGAGCCGCUUCUGCACGGAUCCUGUUCAGUCCGGAGGAAGCCACGUCAUUCCACCAGACGGGCUCAGCGGAGGCUUGGAGGCCCCUCUGGACACGGAAGAGGGGAUUCGUUAUGAAACCAGGAUAAAAGGCCUCUUUGUUUUUUCUAUUUUAUGCUCCGUUUUCCACUUUUUCAUUCCUAAAGGGUUUGGCUAUCUCUGAAUCCUUGUAUGUUAUGAUUUAGUGCCUUACUGGAGGCAAUAUUUACAGCAGGGACAGUAUUUUCAGAAAUAAUAAAAGGUGGUUCAAAAACA